AUAUAAGCCAAAACCUCUCCGUUGCUUCUUUGGGUAGCCCUGCUCACUAAAUAAUUUCAAGGGGAUUUGCUAAUCAUAGCAUCUUCUGCAAGCUUAGGAAAGAUUUGAGUUUGGUUUAGAAGGUUCCUCUCCAUCAUUUGCAUCCAUCCAAAUUAAGUCGGCGACAUGGACGACUCGGCCCUGUUCAUGGAAUGGGCCAUGGACACGCUGGAGCAGGAGCACCCUGACCCGGUGGUGGUCCACGUCAACGGCGACUCCGGCGAGGCAGCCUUCCCCUCGCUUCAGGCGCUCCGUGAGCAGCGUCUCGUCUUCGAAGAGCUGAUUACCGGAGCCAAUCCGGCAAGCAGCGGGAGCUCCGGCGAAACCACAGACGGCAGCGGAGGCUAUGGUGGCAAUUCCCCGUCCCCGGCGGCCAUGGAGCACGGCGUCUGGCCCCUGUCCCCGAACUCGACCAGGUGCGCUCCCAAGCUUUGCAGGAACGGUGGGGGUGGGGGCACCAACCUUCCCGUAACGACCUGGAAUUUCUCCGCGCUGCCGGCCAGUGACGGCACACUGGACAGCGGCAGCGCCGGGCCUGUCGUCCCGGAGACGGUGUACGCGUCGCAGCCGACGAGGAGGGCCGCCGCAAGGAGCCCCACCGGCACCGGGCCCGUGUCGUCGGGGCCGCCGUACGCGCAGGACCAUAUCAUGGCGGAGCGGAAGCGCCGGGAGAAGAUUAACCAGCGCUUCAUCGAGCUCUCCACCGUCAUCCCCGGCCUCAAGAAGAUGGACAAGGCGACGAUCCUUUCCGACGCGACGAGGCACGUCAAGGAGCUGCAGGAGAAGAUCAAGGCCCUCGAGGCAGCCACCGGCCGCAGCAGCAGGAGCAUCGAAACCGUGGUACUCGUCAAGAAGAAGCCGCGCCACGCCGACGCCGCCCUUUCAGACCAGAACGGCUCGCCCUCGUCGGCGUCGUCCUCUACGGGGAACCCGCUGCCGGAGAUCGAGGUGCGCUUCUCGGAGACCGGCGUCAUGGUGAGGAUCCUCUGCCACGACGUCCAGGGGGUGGUGGUGAGGGUGCUGUCGGAGGUGGAGGAGGGGCUCCACCUCACCGUCACCCACGCCAAUGUCAUGCCCUUCACGGCCUGCACUGUCAUCAUAACCAUCACGGCCAAGGUGGAUGAGGGCUUCACCGUUACAGCAGAGGAGAUCAUAGGAAGACUCAACUAUGUGCUGGAAUUGCAUAGCAGCUGCACUUCUACCGAACAAAAAUGAAACUAAGAAAAUAUAUCAUGUCAUAUGUAUAGUACGGAACAUAUUAUCCUGUAUAAUUAAAUUUGGAAGUGGUGAGAGGGAGUGCAUGCAGGCAUGCAUGUUUCCGACGAGAAUGUCUAGCUGAACCAUACAUUUGCAUGUUUCUGUUGGUGCAACGACACCAACGGCAAAAGCUUGCUGAAAGAUCAAGCCAAGUAGACGAUUCCAAACGAAAAUGACUAGCGUCUGGCUGCAUGCAAAUUGUGGAUAUUGCUUUCUGAAUAUUCUGGUAAUAAUAUCCAUUCAUAAGGCGUGUACUACUCACUAGUGAAUCCUAGUUUCCCGGUCAGUCCAUAGAGUUGGUUUUGGACGAAAAAUUCAGCCAACAAAAAUAAUUAUAAAGGUCACUACUCACUAGUGACGUAUUUAUAGGAAAACCGACCAAAAGAGUUCUUUCUUUAGGUUCGCUUGAAGAAACCAACUCAAUAAUUAUUUGAUUGCAAGUUGUAGAAAAACUAAAUUGGUUUCUUAUCCAACCAUCUAGGAUAAUCCACGCCCAAAAAGCCAAACUACAAGGAAACCAAUCAU